ACUCCUUGGAGCCUGAAAAGCAGCGCAUUUCAUCUCUCAUGCGCGAAAUCAAAGCGCAGGCGUGAAAGGCGAGAAGAGGAGGCGGCCAAUCUUUGCGCAGACUGCCUGCAGCCCAGUGAUGAUGAUGAUGAGGAUGAUGAUGCUGAUGCUGAUGCUGGUGCCUAAAUGGAGCCCGUGAUGUAAAUAAGGAUGGCGAGGGCAGCGGAUGGAACAUGCCGCCUAAUCUGUGCAUGACAUCGGGAGCAUUUCUCUCUGCAUGCCUUGUGAAGCCACAGACAAACGCCUCGAUGCCUCUCGUUUGAAACAGGAGCCAAAGAAAGACGGGCGGCUUCUCCUUACGCAAAGAAAAAGAAAAGAAGAAGAAAACACUCGGGAUAUAAACAGGUCAUUAUGACCUUAGUAGCCUCCAGUGCAAGGAAACCAUCGGAUUGCAUUCAGGCGGCAGCUUUCUGCUUGCAUCUUCUGCUUUGGAUCUCUUGCUCAGUGUCCGGAGAGGAGCAGCACCUCUUCAGCGUCGAGGGAUGGCUACAGAGGUACGGCUACCUUCCCCGCCCCGAACCCAAAAUGUCUGUCCUGCGCUCUGCCCAAACCAUGCACUCGGCCAUUGCCGCCAUGCAGCGUGCCUACGGCCUCAAUGUCACCGGGACGCUGGAUGACAGAACCAAGGAUGAUAUCACAGCUCGUUGGAUGCAAAGGCCCCGCUGCGGCAAUCCAGACAGACUCAAGAGUGCUUCGAGGUCACGGAGGCGAAGAUAUGCGCUGACAGGACAGAAGUGGCAGCGUACACACAUCACCUACAGCAUUAAAAAUGUCACGCCAAAGGUGGGCGCCCGCGAGACCCACGACGCCAUCCGCAGGGCUUUCGACGUGUGGCAGGGCGUGACCCCGCUGCGUUUCGAAGCUGUCCCCUACAGCGCCCUGGAGACUGGCAGGCGCGACGUGGACAUCACCAUCAUCUUCGCCUCGGGUUUCCACGGCGACAGCUCGCCCUUUGAUGGAGAGGGUGGUUUCCUCGCCCAUGCCUACUUCCCGGGGCCAGGCAUAGGAGGGGACACCCACUUUGACUCUGACGAACCUUGGACCCUUGGGAAUCCCAACCAUGAUGGAAACGACCUGUUCCUGGUUGCCGUUCACGAGCUGGGUCAUGCCCUCGGCCUGGAACACUCCAACGACCCCACAGCUAUCAUGGCUCCUUUCUAUCAGUACAUGGACACAGAGAACUUCAAACUACCUCAUGAUGACCUGCAGGGCAUCCAGAAGAUCUACGGUCCACCAGACAGAGCCCCGCAGCCGACCCGGCCUCCGCCCACGGUACCGCCUCCCCGCUUCCACCUGCCCUCAGACCCCCGCAAGCACGACCGCCACGCAAGGCCUCAUCGUCCUCCGCAAGGAGCCAAGCCGUCCAACCCAAACUCCAAGCCCAACAUCUGUGAUGGGGGCUUCAACACGCUGGCCAUCCUCCGCCAGGAACUCUUUGUCUUCAAGGACCAAUGGUUUUGGAGGGUGAGGGACAACUCUGUGGUUCCUGGAUACCCCAUGCAGAUCAACUACUUCUGGAAAGGCUUGCCUCCCAAAAUUGAUGCUGUCUAUGAAAACAGCGAAGGAAAAUUUGUGUUUUUCAAAGGAAACCGUUUCUGGGUCUUCAAGGACACGACUCUGCAGCCGUCCUACCCUCAGGACAUCUCGUUGUUUGGCAGCGGCAUGCCCACGCAGAGCAUUGAGACUGCUGUCUGGUGGGAGGAUGUGGCCAAGACCUACUUCUUCAAAGGAGACAGAUACUGGCGCUACAAUGAAGAGAUGAGGACCAUGGACCCAGGCUAUCCCAAACCCAUCACCAUCUGGAAGGGCAUCCCUGACUCACCACAGGGGGCUUUUGUGGACAAAGCCAACGGCUUCACGUACUUUUACAAGGGUAAGGAGUACUGGAAGUUCAACAAUCAGCUGCUCCGCGUGGAGCCCGGUUACCCGCGUUCCAUCCUGCGGGACUUUAUGGGCUGCGACGGCCUCCCCCCAGACCCAGACUGGGACUGGAGCCCGCCAGCGGCCGAGGAGCGGCACUACGACAACGGCGACGCCGACGUGGUUAUCAAACUAGACAGUGCGGGGGGCACGGAGAAAGCGGUGGCCAUCGCCAUCCCCUGUGUCCUGGCACUGUGCAUGAUGGUCCUGCUUUACACCGUGUUCCAGUUCCGUAGGAAGAGCACGCAACGCCACAUACUGUACUGCAAGCGCUCCAUGCAGGAGUGGGUGUGAGGGGAGGGAUGCAGAGUCUUUGACAAAGGUCUAAAAAUUGCCCCCCCUCCCUCCCCCUUUGUUGGGUGAAGUACACGACAAUGGCGGCGGAACUGCACAAACGGUGCAAAGCGCAAGGAGACGGCACACAGUGAGGGAGCCAUAUCUCUCAAGUCCUAUGUAUUUAUCUACUUUGACUCUUUUCUCUAACUUGCAACAAACAUGAAUUGAGUUAAGCUCCUGUAUGUCAGUGGGACCUAUCGUCUCUGCACAUUUGCUUGAAGAGCCCCAACAAGAGCACCGACAAAUUAGAUUUUAGGCUUUACUUUCAGUCUUAAUAGAAUCAACUUGAGCUGUGCGUUUUCUUUUUUAUUUUAAAUGUAUGGGAAAGAAUAUUCAUUGUGUGACGGACUACUAGGGCCUUUUCUUCCAAAGAGGAUGAUGAAUCAGUUUUGUUGUUGGGGACAUAUUCAGAUUUUUUUUUUUUGUAUAAUUUGUGAAGACAGCAGGCAGUUGAUAAAGUGUGAUAUGUUCAAAAAUUUUAAAAAGCGUAUUUAUACUAACAUUAGUGACAUUAAAUGGCACAGACUGUAUUGCAAGCAAAGACAUUAAAGGUCCCAAUUACAGUAUUCAAAUUAUUUAUUAAUUAUUUAUUAUUAUAAUUAAAUCACAGUAUUAAAUUAAGUCCCACAAUAGUGUAUUGGAAGUGUAUUGUCUAAAAUGCGGCUUUGAUUUUGGAAUUAUACCGUUUAAAAGUGCUUUUAGUAAGCUACCGGGAACUCCCCAUUAUGUGAGUCUGUAGCUUUGAGCUAACGCCAAUGAGCCAUGUUUGUCUCCAAGAAGCGCUAUUGUGUGAUUUAUUCACUUUUUACAUAAACACUGUAAGUCUGCCAUAUAUUACAUACAACAGGUAGGAUUGCAGGUAACAUUAGGGAGGACACAAACGUUAGCACUAGCAUAGCUAUGUGAGCUACAAUGCUAAUAUUACACCCACAUUUUAAGAGUCGCAUCAUGCUAAGUUAGCUCAUUCUAUAAAGAAAAACAAAAUGAUCAAACUUACGUCAUUUUAAGAUAUGGUCUUCUUUGGUUUGGUUGUUUGAGCGCCUCUUCUCACUUUUGGUGCUCAUAUAGUAGAAGCUCUAUGGACACCAGUAUCAUUCAAAAGUACAUUUGACAUAAUCAGGGACCUUUAAUUCCAAUGCUUUGUAAUUCAUUCACUUUGGGGGCACAGUUAUAAUCAACCUGUUCAUUUUUUAAAGCUAUACAAACAUUUCUGUUUGGUGAAUUGGUGAACGAUCAAACCUACUUCUUCAAGCUGCAAUUCCCUUCUCCAUCCAUUUCAAUUCAUUUUCUAUGCUGCUUAACCUCAUUAGGGUCGCAGAUAUGCCGGAGCCUAUCCCAGCCAUUCAACCCACAUUCAUACCUAUGGACAAUUUAGAGUCUCUGGUUAAUCGAACAUGUAUGUUUUUCAAAUGGAGAAAACCAACGCACGCAUGGACAACACAUACUAACUCCACACAGAGAUGCCCAAGAUGCGAUUCAAACCUACGUCUUCUCGAUUUUUUGACUGUGUGGCCAACAUGCCAACCACUCGUCCACCGUGCAGCUUAACUACAUUCAUCCAUUUUAAAUAGCUUUGCCAAUUCAUAAUCAUAUAUACUACAUUUUUUACAUUCUGCAUAAAACAAUGGAUGCGGAGGACAAGGAAAGCAGAUAAAAGCUAACAUUUUAGGGUAAAAAUAAUGCCUAGAUACUUACCUGCAUGUCAUACACAACUAAUGACGCUAUUGUUAUACUACACUGCAACAAAUUACAAAAAAAUAUAAUAAAACAAUAACCAGGAUUAAUUAAUAAGCCAAAAAAAGUAUCGUCAUAAUGAAAGCACUUGUUGACUAAUCCAGUUUUUCUACAAGCAAGCUAACACUGCUACAAUUAAUGAGUAUAUUUGACAAAAAAACAAACAAACAAAUGUUCUAACAAAUAUCCUGUGACGUUCCAUAUAUAAAAUCCAAUAUUUAUACGAUAGAUGUCUAACCAAAGUUAAAUUAUAUUUAGGCUCAUUUGAGCAGCAAAUGUAUGAUAAAUGCAAUACACAAGAUAAGAAAUGCUGUAUGUCGGUGUAUUGGUGGAGUUCGCCAGAUGAGGGCGCAAUCACUAUGAACUUUUUUAAUGUUUAUAUAUUUGUGCUUCUUCUACUUGAAACAUCCUCACCCCUUGGUUUCAAUCUAUUGUUUCAUAUUUUAUAACAUAUCUGACGUGGAAACAUAAGCAAAAGAAGCCGGGCCUUAUGACUGAUGGCCGCAGCUUUUGCGUGGCAUCAUCAUUUUAAAGGAGAAAAAGACAAUUUCACGCCAGAACUGGAACUCUGGUGAUUUUUGAGUGAUGUCCAAUCCAAGCUGCUUGAUGUUGAUCUACGGUGAAAGGUUGUAAUUGUUGUACAGGGGGAAAUUUGUGGCUGAUUUUUUUCCUUGCCUCGGCAGACCUACCUAAUAACACCAAUAGUUCCUUCAUGUUAUCACUCAUAUCAGAACUUUCAAGUGGCUCAAUGCUGUACUUAGCAGCAUACUUACAAUGUAAUAGCGCCAAACUACAGUAUGUCAACAACAAGCAUUAGGGCUAAGACAGGAAGUAGCUUGUGUGAUAGAAGUAAACCUUACUAUUGUACAUAAUAGGGGAGGAUGCUGUCUGCUUGGAGGUAUUCUGUUUGUUUUUUUAAAUCCAUCUAUGGGUAAUGAUGCUGUGUGUUAUAAAUAAAAAAAACAAGUGCAUAAUAAAUGAA